UCACUCACUCACUCUCUCUCUCUCUCUAUAUAUAUGUAUAUAUUGCUAUAUUGUUAUAGCUAGGCGUUGCGAGCUGCGGAAGAUGUGGAGGUUGAAGAUAGGAGAAAGAGGGAAACAUCCGUACAUAUUCAGUACAAAUAACUUUGUGGGGAGGCAGACAUGGGAGUUUCAUUCUGAAGAUGGAAGCCAGGAAGAGAGAGAAGAAGUUGAAGCUGCUCGUCGUAACUACUGCUCUAAUCGCUCACGCUUCAGAGCCUGUUCUGAUCUCCUUUGGCGAUUUCAGUUUUUGAGAGAGAAGAAUUUCAAGCAAAUAAUACCAAGCGUGAAGAUCAAAGAAGAAGAGGAAAUAACAUCUGAGAAAGUUAUAAACACAGUGAAAAGAGCAGCAUAUUACUUGUCAGCACUGCAGUCUAAGGAUGGCCACUGGCCUGCUCAAAUUGCUGGACCCCUCUUCUUUAUACAACCUUUUGUAUUUUGUAUGUAUAUUACAGGACAUCUUGAAAGUGUGUGGCAUAAAGAGUACUGUAAAGAGAUCCUACGUUUCCUAUACAACCACCAGAAUGAAGAUGGAGGGUGGGGACUUCAUAUUGAGGGCCACAGCACUAUGUUCUGCACAGCACUAAGCUACAUAUGCAUUCGCAUUCUUGGAGGUGAUGACCAUGCUUGUGUUAGAGCUCGAAACUGGAUUCUUGAUCGCGGUGGCGUCACCUAUAUACCCUCUUGGGGAAAGACUUGGCUUUGUAUACUUGGUGUAUUUGAAUGGCUUGGAAGCAACCCAAUGCCUCCUGAGUUUUGGCUCUUGCCUUCAUUUCUUCCCAUGCAUCCAGCUAAGAUGUGGUUUUAUUGUCGAUCCGUCUACAUGCCCAUGUCUUACUUGUAUGGAAAAAGGUUUGUGGGUCCAAUAACACCACUUAUUCUCCAGUUGAGACAAGAACUUCAUGUUCAACCUUACCAUCAAAUUGAUUGGAACAAAGCUCGCCACCUUUGUGCCAAGGAGGAUCUAUACUCUCCACGUCCUUUUAUACAAGAUCUCAUGUGGGAUAGCUUAUACAUGCUAACUGAACCACUUUUAACUCGUUGGCCCUUCAACAAAUGGGUUAGAGAGAAGGCCCUUCAGAAAACAAUGAAGCAUGUUCACUAUGAAGAUGAGAAUAGUCGAUACUUUACUGCUGGAUGUGUGGAAAAGUCUCUGUGUAUGGUUGCUUGUUGGGCUGAAGAUCCAAAUGGAGAAGCUUUCAAAAAGCAUCUUGCCAGGGUUCCUGAUUAUUUAUGGGUUUCAGAAGAUGGAAUAACUAUGCAGAGUUUUGGAAGCCAGACAUGGGAUGCUGGCUUUGCUAUUCAAGCAUUGCUUGCCACAGGCCUAACUGAAGAAUUCGCUCCAGCACUUGCAAGAGCACAUUAUUUCAUCAAGGAAUCUCAAGUUAAGAACAACCCUUCUGGUGACUUCAAGAGUAUGUAUCGUCACUUUUCUAAAGGGUCAUGGACCUUCUCUGAUCAAGACCAAGGAGUUCCAGUUUCAGAUUGCACAGCAGAAGCUUUGAAGUGUUGUCUUCUUCUAUCAAAGCUGCCUUCAGAGAUUGUAGGUGAAAAGAUGGAACCUGAGGGAUUGUUUGAUGCAGUCAAUAUACUAUUGUCAUUUCAGAGUGAAAAAGGUGGUUUAACAGUUUGGGAACCAAUCAGAGGUCAAGAUUGGUUGGAAGUGUUGAAUCCUAUUGAAUUUCUGGAGAAUAUUGUAGUGGAGCAUGAAUAUGUUGAGUGCACUGGGGCAGCAAUACAGGCUUUAGUGUUGUUUAAAGAGCUAUAUCCAACACACAGAAACAAAGAGAUUGAGAAUUUCAUUGAGAAUGCUGUAAGAUACAUAGAAGAUACUCAGACAGAAGAUGGUUCUUGGUAUGGGAAUUGGGGAAUUUGCUUCAUCUAUGGAACAUUGUUUGCACUUGGUGGGCUUGUUGCUGCUGGCAAAACUUAUCAAACUUGUGCUUCCAUUCGCAAAGCUGCCAACUUUCUUCUCACAACACAAAAAAAAGAUGGUGGGUGGGGAGAGAGCUAUCUUUCAUGCCCUAAAAAGAAGUACGUACCACUUGAAGGAAGCCGAUCAACUGUGGUGCAAACAGCAUGGGCUAUGAUGGGUCUUAUCUAUGCUGGCCAAGCAGAGAGAGACCCAACUCCUCUUCAUCGGGCAGCAAAAAAUUUAAUUAAUUCUCAAUUAGAAGACGGGGACUGGCCACAACAAGAAUCCACGGGAGUAUUCAUGAGGAAUUGCAUGAUGCAUUAUCCAAUGUAUAGAAACGUCUUCCCACUGUGGGCUCUCUGUGAAUAUUACAAGCGAGCUCCAUGUCACAAGUAAUGUUGGCAACCUUCGUUCUGCAGAUUAACAUAGUACUAAAACUCAGCUGGAAUUGGCAGAUCACACCAAUAAAUCAGUUUCC